AUGACAGACGAUACAACUUCGGCCCCUGCAAAUUUAGAACACUAUGCUUCAGAACCGGAUCUUUGUUUAUCGAAAUCGCAACGAGACAUAAAAAUUACAAAUAUUACCACAAGGAAUAAAAAACGACGCGCAGAAGAUGAGGUUACUGGAACGGAAAACAUUAUGGAGGCGAUGAACCGCUUAUUUGACACUUUUUCACGAGAUCAAGAGAAACGUUUUCAUGAGCUCAAGUCCGCCGUGUCAAACAUUGAAAAACAGAAUACUGAUAUUUUUAAUUCUUUGGAUUUUUUGUCAGCCAAAUAUGAUGAAGCGUUAAAGAAGAUUCAGCUUUUAGAAAAAGAAAAAAAGGAGGACUUACAUCGCAUUCUUCUGUUGGAAGACAGAAUUGAAUCACUCGAGCGAAAGUCCAGAUCAUCGGGUAUUGAAAUACGUAAUAUACCUGUUCUCCAAGAAAGCAAAAAGAAAGAUACAAAAGAAGAAUUGUGCGACGUUAUUGUUAAUCUAGGAAAGACGGUAAACAUAGAAGUUCAAGAGGAGGAUAUAAAAGAUGUUCAGAGUUUUAAAUCUACCAAAAACUCGUCUAAAACGAUAUCUGUUGAAUUUACUUCAGCGAUAACAGAAGAUAAAGUGAUGCUUGCUAUCAAAAAGUUCAACCACGGAAAGAAAUUCGAAGAUAAACUUAAUACGACCCACUUAGGAUUUAAAGAAGGAAAAAAACCUAUUUUUGUUAAGGAAAUGCUAACAAAAAAAACACAUAAGCUUUUCUAUGCUAGUCGCCUUUACGCAAAAAAUAACAAUUUUACUUAUUGUUGGACCUCCCGUGGCAAUGUCUACCUACGCAAAGCAGAAAAUAGCCCACAGAUAAAGAUAAAUAGUGAAUCCGAUUUAGAAAAGUUAACUUGUUCAAUAUGA